AUGACGAAAUCAGAAGGACUUUGGGUUCUCGGAUAUGGUUCUCUCAUUUAUAAACCUCCUCCUCAUUAUACAUUAAGAAUUCCUGCGAUCAUAUUUGGUUACAUGCGUAGGUUUUGGCAAUCAUCUACUGAUCACAGAGGAACUGAGGAAAAUCCAGGUAGAGUUGUGACUUUGAUCUGUAAGGAAGAUAUUGAAUCAAAUCCGAAGUUUUCCCAUGAUUUGAAACUAUACAACGAUACACUAAUGACGACUGGUGUCGUUUAUUACAUACCGCCUGACAGAGCAGAUGAGGUUAGAGAUUAUUUAGACGUUAGGGAACAAGGUGGAUACACCUUACACGAAGUUGAAGUACAUUUAGAGACUUCCCCAGAUGAUGAACUGCACGCUGCAGUGCAACAACUACCGGUGCAUCCGGUGGUACGUCGUAAGAUUCUCAUUACGCAGGUUUACAUCGGUCAAGUAACAAACGACUCUUUUAUUGGGCCUGAACCCAUAGAACAAACUUCAAAGGUUAUUGCAACCUCAGUGGGGCCUAGUGGUGCUAAUUACGAUUAUUUGAAACAUUUACAUGGUUCCCUAAGGGCUAUGCAGCUAACUCAUGAAAAUAUUAUAAUUAGAGAUGAGUAUCUGGAUGAACUGCUAAACCAAGUGGAGCAAUUAAAGAACACGAAGUGA